GGCGGCCAUAUUGAAAUUGUCGUCAGUGCCGCCUGGCUACACGCUGCUCCGAUGCGGUAGUACUUUAUCAUUCGCAUAUUUAGUAUUUGAAGUGUCCCGAUUCGUUUUUGAAAUGGCAGGAAUACCACCAGAUUCAUGGCAGCCUCCUACAGUGUCUGUGGAGACAACAAUGGGAACUGUUGUAGUUGAACUUUACUGGAAGCAUGCUCCCAAAACCUGCAAGAACUUCGCUGAGCUCAGCAGAAGAGGAUAUUACAACACUACAAAGUUCCAUCGCAUCAUCAAAGAUUUCAUGGUCCAAGGUGGAGAUCCAACUGGAACAGGUCGUGGAGGUGCAUCAAUAUUUGGCAAACAGUUUGAAGAUGAAUUGCAUCCGGAUUUGAAAUUCACAGGUGCUGGUAUCCUGGCCAUGGCAAAUGCAGGUCCUGACACCAAUGGCAGCCAAUUCUUCCUGACCCUGGGCCCAACUCAGUGGCUGGAUGGGAAGCACACCAUCUUCGGCCGUGUGUGCCAUGGCAUGAGCGUCCUCAAUAGGAUUGGCAUGGUGGAGACCAACACACAAGACCGACCUGGAGAUGACAUCAAAAUAAUGCGGAUGAACCUGCCAAACUGACUCAGAAAAGACCUCCGAUUUUUCUUUUUCUUUUUUUUAACUGUACAGACAUUUGUAUUCAAGGCAAGUUUGUAAUAAAUGCCUCUGUGAAAUAUUGUCGACA